GCACUGUUGGCUCGAUCCCACCAAUGUGUACAAGGGCCUACCGUUUUCACCAUGUACCUGCUACAUUUACCUGUACGAUCGAUAUUUCAACCCCUACUAUUAUGGCCGGGAAGUAGUCGUUAGUGUCUGCCUCGGUACUUAUAGCCACCCAGUGUUUCUCCACACGACCUCGGUGCCAAAUCGCUACAUGUUUACAUUUACACCCGAAGUCUUGUCCACGUGCAAUCUCAAGGUCUCUAUCAACCAUGUGUUCAUUGGUGACCCGCCAAAGACCUUUCACAGUCCUCCAGAGAGAGUCAUUUGAGGGGAGGCUGGCCUGUUUCAGGGACGAGGUAGCCAGAUCUCUCCAACGCUCUCUCUUCUUCAUGAAACACAUGAUCAGAGUGAACCGCUCCGAGAUCCUGGAGAGUGCUCUGGUGCACCGCGUGGCACUCAGACAGGGACAGAUAGUGGUCAGCUUCGAGGGAGAGAGUGGGAUCGAUGUUGGAGGAAUGUCACGAGAAUAUUUCCAGUUGCUGAGUCAGGAGCUGGUCAACCCACAAUAUGCUCUGUUCCACAGUAGCAAUGGUCUCCACCGACCCAGCCCCCACUCGUCUGUCAACCCCUCCCACCUUAGCUAUUUCACCUUCUGUGGGGAGGUCCUGGCCAGAAUGCUGUGUGACAACUAUCAGACGUGUGUGAGGUUCACUCCAGCAGUCUACAAGUUCCUGCUAGGAGGAGAGGAAUGCACACUCUCUGACCUCAAGGCUGAGGACCCCAUCCUCCUUGAGGGCCUAAUGGAGGUUGCCCGGUGCCAGAGUGAGGAGAGCCUGGGGCAGCUGGUGACCAAUUUCACCACCACCUUCUCCCGGUUUGGAUCCCUGGAGACUGUGGAGCUGGAGAGAGGAGGCCACAUGAGGAGAGUCACUCUC